AUGAAGGAAACUGUCUUCAACGCACAAGUAGCUUACAAUAUUGCCGACAUAAUAUACACCUCUUCCAUCGCAGCAAUCGAGGAUAUACAUACAGCCAUGACCUCCGAUGAGACAUCACUUGAAGACCGCAGGGAUAUCUGUACCACCUCUGUCAAGGAGCUCGAGGGGGGUCUGAAAACAGCCGAGAUUCAGCAUUGA